GCCCGGAUCCGAAAUCCGGCUAUUGUGGUGUAUGCUGCACCAUGGACCUUUCCAAACUGGUUGGGCCUGGAGAACGGCACCGAGUCAGAAUUCUACAGCGAUGAUGCCCUGGACUACAUUGUGAGCUGGCUACAGUGUGCCCAGGAGACAGGCGCAGGCACGGUAGAGUACGUUGGCAACCGCCCGCGUCCAUCUUCCACAGACCUUUUGGGCCAAAGACAAGCCCAUUCGCUACCCCCCUGGCGUUGGGUGGUUGCACUGCGCGAGGCUCUGGAUGAUGCUGGGUUCAACGAGACCCGUUUGGUUCUGCCAGACUCCGAGUAUGAUGCAACGGUGGAGGCUUUGUGGUCCAAAGAGCCGGCCUUUGCCUCCGCGAUGGCCGAUGGCGUCAUGG